AUGUAUCUGCACUAUAGUGGUAAGGUGACUUUGAGCCAGAAGCCAAGGAAAGGAAAAGGAAAGAAGCUAGUGGUGGAACUGGAGCCCCUUUCUCCUACUUUGAAGCUGGAUUCCCCUUUAAAGAAAGAGGAAGACCCUCUGCAGGUGCUAGUGGAUGAGAAGAAGCAAUGUCCAGCCUGUUCUUCAUAUGUUCUUCUAUCUUCCUUCCGAGAUCAUCGUGCUGAAUGCCUGCAGAAAUUCACUCGAGUUGAACGACUCUCUAAUUCUGUCUCCUCCUCCUGUAGGCCUGCUGAAUUUGUGGACAAUCCAGGAAAGGCAAGUGAGGAUCUGAGAAAGGAACUGGCACAAGAGCCUUCUGAUACUGAGGGAAAUGGAGUGCCCUUAUUGGAGUGUCCUUUAUGUAGGCAGACAUUCUUUUCCUCAACAUCCUGCUGCAUACACAUCAAGAAGUGUGGUGCCCGGAGGGGACUGAGCAGUGAGCAGGUGCUGGCAGCAGUUAAACUGCACAAAAAGCAGGCACUAGAGAGGAAGGCUCUGGGUCUUCCCAUCAAACUCACCCAAAAGUCCAAGAAGCCAAUGCGUGAGAGGUGUGGAAGAGGGCAGCCCCAAAGAGUGAGGAAUAAAGGUUUGGUGAGCAUGGAACCAGAUCUGGAGACAGCGAUUGCUUUGUCUGCCUCACUCCAUGAAGAGGAGACUAGGAAUAAAGAAAAGGAACAGGUGCUUCUUGCAAAUGGCUAUGAUGAAGUUGCAAUUGAAGGAAUAGAUGUUGAUAUGAAGUGCCUGUCAGAGGCAGAAGUCAACAAGCCAGUUGCUGCUAGAGGGAGGCCUCGCAAGAAUAAAUUCAGAGGAGGCCUUUUUGCACUAUCACUCACUUCAGACGAAGAGAGGAAGUUGAAGACUAGUGAAAGGGCUACGCAGAUACUCAUGGAAAUGGUGGAGGCCUGUGACAGGAAAGUCCAUGAAUGGCAUGGAGUAGACAUUCCAUCUACUCCACUGUUUGGCCUAAAGCCUUCAUCUUUCCAUCAGAACCCAGGGGUGAUUUGGUCAAGAGCAGCUCUCAAUUGCAACACUGAAGAUUUAUAUGUUCCAUCUCUCCUCAAUUUCAUCCAGAAAAAAUCUGUGCUUUUGGGACAAGCUGAGAGACAAAAUAUCAAGAUCCCAGGACGGAAGUCUACUCUUCUGUCUCAGCAUCUGCAGAUGAGGGGCAAGGGAGAGAAUGCUGAUGGAGCUGAAGAUGUUCAGCUUGGAAGUGCAGAUGAACAAGAGGACAAACAGUGUGAAAUUGCAGAUGAAGAGAACUUACAGCUUAGAAGUGCAGAUGAGGAAAAUGAUGAUGUUGAACCAUCGCUAGGGAAGAUCCAUGAAGAGGAAAUGAAAGGCAUCAACCUAUCCACUCAAUAUAUAUUGGCACACUUGGAUGCUCCUGUCAGUCAGGUGAUGCUGACACAAGAGCAUGACGAUGUUGAGAGGGACACUCCAUCACAAAAUAGAGAAGCUUCAGACACCUCCAGCAAGAAUUCAAGUCAUGAACUUGUAUUGAACAACCCUCACUUCUCUUCCCAAAUGUUAAAUCUCCUCCAUUUUCCUGAAUUCAAGGAUGUUAAUUUUACUACACGUGAUGGGGAAGUUGGUGCCUGUGAAGCAGUCAUUUGGGCACAAUCUCAACAACUUUGGACUGAAAUUCAACAAAUGAAGGGAACAAAGACUAAAAAAAUCUGUUGCUUGGAGAAAUACAGUUCCAGGAGUGUCAUGUUGUUUUUUGAGUACCUUUACACAGGGAAACUUAGUGCUGUGGGUGAACGGGAACAAGUUCAGUCUGAAGUGGCAGAAAUUGUAGAUCUAUAUCAAGUUGGAAAGCAAGAAAACAGUUGCCUAGAGGCAGCUGCAUCCAUCACCUCUCAGGUCACCGCUUCUAGGAGCCUUAGUCCUGAUCUCUUUGAAGACAGCAAAAGUGUGUCUCCAGUGCAAGUAACGUAUCAGGAAAAUGAGCAGGAGCAGCUUGGUUCUCCAUCCAUGGAGAUCACUAUGGUUCCUUGCAAUGUGAAGGCAACCCUUGUUGCAGACCAGAUUGAAAGGCAUUCAUCUCCUAACAGAAGAUCCCUGGAUAUGGAAAUUCCAGUGCUGAACUCACCUCCAAAAACUGGAAUUUCUGACAAGAACCAUUCUCCUGCACAGAAGGAGCAGAAGUCAUGGGCUGAUAAUCAAAUUGAUACAGAAUCAUUUGUACUGGAACUGUGUUCCCCAAUGUCCAAGAACAAAUGUAAUUGUUCAUCAUGUCACAACCAGACUGUUGAUGGCAGUGACAGCUGGGAAAACUCAAGAACUUGUGCUCAUGGGGUGAAGAGGAGCCUUCAGUUUGACAAUACCUGCCAUAUCAUUCAUCCUGGCUCAUCUGAAAAAUUUCAUGAUUUUCAUAAUUCUUCAAUUUCAAGUGAGGUUCCUGAUUUGGAAGCCUCAAAUGUCCUGAAAAGGCCUUUUGUUGGAAGUACUCCUUUUUCUCCCAAGACUGCUGAGAAGGUAGAACUAGAAAUGCAUUCCCACAAGAUUGGGAAACGAGAGUCAGUGAGUCCACAAUUGCCUCCAAGGAAGAAAUCUUGUCAUUCUUCAUCCAGUGUAUCAUCUAAUAUCUGUUUUGGAGAAGUGCUUCGGGAAGCCUCAUUAGAUGACAGUGUCCUUGUUCUUUCUAGUCCCUCUGUCAUUGGUGAUGAUUCUGAAAAUUUUAUGUCCUUAUCUCAACCAGAUAUUCCCUCAACUGCCCCCAUUUUCAAAGAGUUGGCUCGACACCCAUCCACCCCCACUUUUACUUGUUUGACUCAACACCCAUCCAUGCCCAUGGCAUCUCCAAAAGCAUCCAAAUGUCAAACUAGUCCAUUGCUUGACAAUGCAUUUGAUAUGACCCCACUCCCUCUCAGGCAGAGAAUUGAGAGGAAGCUCUCUCGGACAUCCAUUGCCUCUCCACCUAAAGCAAGUUCUCCCAGUAAGAGGCCUUGUAAUUCUGUGGUGAAUGACACAGAUACAGAUAGGGUAUUUAAAGACUUGGGAAUAGAUGAAAGCUUCAUUUGGGCAGAGGAGAAUGCUCCAGAAUUACCUCAUGAAACUCCACAGCCAAAAUCAUGCAACCGGAGCCAGAUGACUAGUAAUGUCACUCCAACUCCUGAUUUUAGAAAGAUGGAUACUCCUGCACUCCAGAAGGAGCUACGGCGAUUUGGAGUUCGUCAGUUGAGUAAGCAACAGGCUGUGAAACUUCUUCAGUACAUUUAUGAAGAAACUCAUCCUGUUGCCCAUGUUGAACCUGUUCCAUCUACAUCCUGUGCCCCCACACAGCAUAAGGCUAAAGACGAAGAUGACAAAGAUGUUCUGGAUUCUGAAGAGGAGGAUGCAGAUUCUGAGGAAAUCCCUGAAGAAAGCAUGCUUGUAUUUGCUGACUCUCCUGUGAAAAAUCAGUCUAAGUCUACAAAGAAGACUCCAGAUGAACUGAAGGAGGAGGUGAGGGUUUAUUUUCUGAAGACCCCAGAUCUUCUGAGGAAGGCUUUGCUGUAUGAGCCCAUCUGGAUAGAGACACUACGUGCUGACCUGAAACAGGCAGGCAUUAAAAUCUCCAUUGAAUUUCUCAUGGACUUCCUUGAUGAACAGCGCGAAUUCCUGCCACCGAUCUUCGAAUUCCUGUUUUUCAUGGGCAGGAAUGGUGAAAUGCUGAACUGCAGGAAGCAAAUGCCGGCAAGGAUCUUUCUCUUUGACCGAUGA